GACCUGAAGCUCUGGGAUCCUUAUUACAUAAGACUCCCUCAAGACAUUGCACGUGGACACACACCUGGCCGUGAGUGUGUGUGUGUGUGUGUGGCCUGUCAGUUGUCUAUGACAGCGAGAGGUCUAAUUGGAGGUCUUUAGGCCAGAAGUUUGACCGCUGGAUCAUCAUGAGACUGAGAAGCAUGAUUGCUGAGGAGUUUGCUGUGGUUUAUUUAUAGGCUCUGCAUCAGCAGCAGUCACAAUGCUGCAAAUGAAGCCCUUCAGAGAGAGAGAUGCAUGUGACAAGUGAGGAUGGACUACAGCGGUCCAGUGAGGUCUAUAUUCAAUCAGACGUGAAUUUUACCCUCAUCUGCACACGGAUCCACGGAGCAAACCGCGCAGCAACAGCUCUCAGAGGCUGGAAGAAAGAAGCAGCAGCAGUGAAAUCGAGAAAUAAGGAUGCUCUCUUACAGAUGUAGUGUGUGGGUGUGAAGCUGUCUGUCGCACAUCAGCUGGUUUGUCACUGGUUUUCAACUAUUGAGCACCGAGAAAAAGCGUGGCGUUCGGUUGCAAUGUCAGUGCAGGAGUUUGUGUUUGGCAGGAUAAUUCUCACACAAUAAGAAGAGAUUUGGAUUGUGGGAAUGAACUCUCCUGCACUAAUAAAUACAUAUCGACUUCAAGGCUUUAUCUAAAAUACAGUCUGAACUCAUAAGCCAUGGCUCUAAGGCCCACCCUCAUCGUCAUUCUAUUUCUGAUUGGCUGCUGCGCUCUUGAGGACCCGCCCAUGGUUAAGGCCCCGCCCCCUCCUCAUGGGUGUGGCGCUACAUUGGACCCGCCCUACAGAGUUUUGUGCGAUCUGGAGUCCGUGUGGGGUGUGGUGCUGGAGGCCAUAGCGUGCGGCGGUACCAUAUCUGCUCUGAUCCUGGCCAUAGUUCUUUUAGCCAAGCUGAAAACGGUAACGGAACCGGAGAAGCGCUGUGGUGUCGGUCCCCUCCUCCUCCUAUUGGCUGGAACCAUGGGUCUCUUCAGCCUAUCACUGGUGUUCUUGGUGGGGCGUGGUGAGGUGCUCUGCAUGGUGCGCCGCGGGCUGUGGGGGGUGCUGUUCACCAUGUGUUUCUCCUGUUUGCUGGUGCAGGGAGUGCGGCUGAAGAAGCUGGCGGGAGGGAGGCGGAGCCCAGCUGGCAGCUCUCUCGCCGGAUUGGCUUUCGUGCUCACUGUGGUUCAAGGCAUCAUUGCUGGAGAAUGGCUGCUGCUUACGGUGGUCCGCGAGGGACAUGCAGCCUGCGAUUACCUGCCUCUAGACUUUGUGUUGGUGUGUAGCUAUGCUCUAGCGUUGUUGCUAGCUGCCAGCAUGUUGUCGUUGGCUGUGGUGUUGUGCGGCGGGAGCAACAGAGAGGAGUCGAGCAGGAAGAGUAUGAAGUGGAGGUGCAACGCUGUCUGGCUUUUCCUCUCAUGUCUGUCCUCGCUUCUGCUCUGGGUCGCCUGGCUCGGUCUCUAUCUGUACGGAGACGCCGCCAUCACGACCGUGGCGAAGGAUUGGGAUGAGCCGGCAUUAGCGGUUGCGUUGGUGACCGAGGGUUGGGUGCUUCUGUUAUUUCACGCAAUCCCAGAAACGCACAUGUGCUUGCGUCCGUCCAGUCAGAGGAACGCAGACACCGGCCAGAACUACUACGACACCCCACAGCCGCCAACGGCACAAAGUUACCAUGACGACGAGCGGCCGACCAAUCCCAGAGCUCCGUUCGCAGAGAGUCAGGCGUACACCGUAGAGGAGCACAGUGCGGUUCUGCAGACUGGUUAUCAUAACGGAUUGAUACGUCCCGCUGUGCCGUUCCGCAGUCACGUUUACCAGCCCACCGAGAUGGCCCUGCUCAUGAACGCAGGACCGAUCCCAACCGCCCCUCCAAACUUCACAGGGAGGCAUCUGUGGUGAGAGCGGUUACCAUGGCAACAAUGUCCUCUCGGGCCCCUAA